AGCUUUCAAUCCUCGUUGCUUGUUCCUCUAGCCAUAGGUGUUCAAUGAAUGACUUUACCAAAGAGGUCCGUUCGGAGCUUCGUUCGUUGUUGAAACGAGACAACACAAGCGUAAAAUGGGCACCUCAUUGCUCGAGCGCACAGUUCGCUUCCGAACUCUCAAAAGAAGAUAAGUUUGAUGUAAUUCGUGCAAUAAGAACAGACAACUACGCAGUCAAAUUGUUCGCAAAAGGUAAACCGCCAAGAGAAAUAGCGUUACGACUGAAUGUUACGGAACUGAAAGGAAGCAAGAACAGACUGCGCGGUGCGUGCGAAAAUGGACCUAGAAGAGCCGUCUGCGUUUUUUCACUUCAAUGAGAGCAAGUAUGCGCCAUCGUGACCACGA